AUGUCUUCACAAGUACCAACACCACGACAAUUCCUAACAUCUCUAAUAGAAAGCCUAAACUCAAUACCAACCCCCCCAACCCCACAACCCAGCGCAACAAGCGGGAACUCGCUGAAGCUCAUCCCGCCGGCGCACCGCCCACUCCUCACCACCUUAUACGCGCUAUACCCAUUAACCCUCCUACCAGCCUUGGACUUACUAGACAGACGUCUCGCAUCGCGCAUCAUCGUUGCGCCGUCUCGUUCUCGGGGAGACACAACAACAACAAUAUCCACAGCACCCGAAGAAAAGGGGCAACCACCACCCUUCUACAUAGUGCGCUCCGCGCAACCGCAGCACCCCCGGCGCGAUACCACUUCCGCCUCCGCCCCCGGCCCGCGGUACGUCGUGCGUCUCUCAGCCUGGAACUGCAGCUGCGCCGCCUUCGCCUUUGCCGCGUUUCCGCGGGGCGAGGACCGCUACGCUGUUAGUUCCGCAUCCUCCACGCCCCAGCAGAUCCGGAAAGACGACAAGGACGACAAUGAGGCGCUGGAAUGGCAAUUCGGAGCUCUAAGCCUUGACGGUACGGAAGGGAGUGGGAUCGCCGGAGUGCCAUGCUGCAAGCACUUACUAGCGUGCGUGCUGGCUGAGAGGUGGAGCGCUGUGCUUGGCGGGUAUGUGGAUGAGAGGGUUGUUGGGAAGGAGGAGGCUGCGGGUUUGGUGGUGGAUGUUUAA